CUCAUCGUGAGUUUCUGAAAAUUCUUCAAUAUGCAGUACCAGUAUCAGCAGUUUGCAGAGUCAUCAUCUUCAUGGGGUUUCUAUGUGCCUCCAACGGCGGCGAUAAGAGAGAUGAUGGGUGGUUCAGACGCAUUGGAGAGGGUGGUGAGGUUGGCCUCCGAAAGUGCUGUAGUGAUAUUUAGUAUGAGCAGCUGCUGCAUGUGCCAUACGGUGAAGAGGUUGUUGUGUGGGAUGGGUGUGAACCCUACUGUGUAUGAGCUUGACCAGGAGCCAAGAGGGAAGGAUAUUGAGAGAGCAUUAAUGAGGCUUGUUGGGAAUUAUUCAAAUGUAGUUCCAGUGGUUUUCAUUGGUGGGAAGCUUAUUGGUGCUAUGGAUAGAGUCAUGGCUUCUCAUAUCAAUGGAACCCUAGUCCCUCUUCUCAAGGAAGCUGGAGCUCUCUGGCUCUGAUUUUCUUCUUCUUUUUCUUUUUUUCUUUUAUUAAUUUUUGGAAAAAGAAAGCGGAUAUUAUCUACUGUAUAAUAUUAAAUAUCAUGAGAGAACUGAGAUUAAUUAUGAGGCUUCUAACUUUUGUAAUUGAUGGUUUAUCAAGAGAUAUAAUUGAUCCA